AUGGGGAUUCGCCUGUGUGCUGCUGGAUUUACUUGUUGCAUUCUGGCUGUCAGUGUCUUCAGUCAGACAGCCAAUCCGUCGACCACCCAGCCCUCCUCCUGCGGACUAACACGACUGAACGGCACGAGCGGCACGUUUGCCAGCCCGAACUACCCCAACAACUACCAGGAGGACCAACAGUGUGUGUACGUGAUACAGGUCACCCCUCCGAAGGUCGUGAGCCUCACGUUUGCCGCGUUCGACGUGGAAGAAGACUACGAUUUCGUGUACGUGUACGACGGAGACACCACCGACAAACGGUUUCAAAUAGAGCAGUACACGGGUAGUACUGUCCCAUCACCAGUGACGUCCACAGGUAAUGUGCUCACCGUCCAGUUCAGCUCUGAUUCGGUGGAAACAUACAGGGGGUUCCAAGCCACGUAUGCUGCUGUGGACAAAGUGUACGCGAACUGCACUGUGGGCCAGUUCCGGUGUGCGAGCGGCACGACAUGUAUCAAGUCGUGGCAGCGGUGCGACGGCGUGGCGAACUGCAGGGACAGGAGUGACGAGGCCAGCUGUGACUGCCAGGCGAUCCCGCCUGCCUUCACCCUGUGUAAAGGACUGGAGUACAUGAUGACGUCACUCCCCAACCCGCUCCAUCACAACAACGUGACGGAGAUCCAGAACGCCGCGGAGUUUGAGCAGCUGAAGGAACUCUCCCUGUCCGGCUGCCACCCGCAGGUCAAGUCAUUAGUGUGCUCCGUCCUGCUGCCCAACUGUAACCAAAGUUCUAGCAGGCAGCUUCUUCCCUGCCGCUCCUGGUGUGAAGAAGUGAAGUACUCCUGUCACAAGGAGAGCAGUUUGCCGUCCUUCCCGUCCUGCAGCAUCCUUCCCAACACGGACUGCUACAACGUCAAGCCAUCACUGGCGGCGGAUGGGGUGACGCCUUGUUUCCAUGGGAACGGUGACAACUACAGGGGCGUGGAGAACCACGUGACGCCGUGUUUCCAUGGGAACGGUGACAACUACCGGGGCCUGGAGAACCACGGCAUCUCCGGGGCCUCCUGUCUGAAGUGGGACUACCGCGAUCACUCCGCGCUGCUCGACGACUUCCCGUGGGCCAACCUACUGGACAACUACUGCCGCAGCCUCACCGCGAGCCGGCCAUGGUGCAUCACCGCAGAGGGGUGGGAAAACUGUGACGUCGUGCCUUGUGACAUCAUUGGCUGCAAAGAUCCCGGCAGACCCAAUAACGGAAAGAGGAAGCCUUUCCAGAAGUUCUACUGGAACCACGACAAGGUCACCUUCACCUGUAACCGAGGCUACAAGUUCCCGAAGAACUCCCCGCCCAACAAGGCGCAGUGCAUCGCCAACCAAACAUCAGGGGAGGGCCGAUGGUCCUCAGCACUGCCACAGUGCGAAUCGGACUUUGAGGUUAAACUUGUGAACGAACUGUUUGAUGAGGAAUUGUACAAGAAAGCCCUGGCACCAACUUCUAGGGCGACUAUCUACUUCCAGGCAUACAUUGAUGGCAUCAUAUCUUUGGAUGAGAAAGCUGAAAUUAUCAAGUCUGCCAUCAAAGCUGAAUUCAUAUGGCAGGACCAGCGCCUACGCUGGGAGAUGGCAGAAAACGGAGAUGUUGAUCAUCUGUUCUUCGGAGACGAUCAACCAUGGAAGCCUCUUUUGACGCUGAAGAGAAACGCCGAUGAACAGUACACAGGCGGGUUCCCCAGGACUGUGAUCAGACUGGACUCCACCGGAGACGUCCACUGGCCCAUCGAGACCCUGACCACCACCACGUGUGACCUGGACCCGUUCCUGUUCCCCAAGGACAACAUCACCUGCCCCAUCUGCUGGAGCGCCGGAUCGGAACACAUCAUAGAAUGCUCAAACGGGACCAGGUCAGAUGACCCGAAGUUCCUGACGUGCAACGGCACCGUGGCGCCGGUGACUACGGGCGAGUGGAGCGGAGAAGUCACCCUCUCCACCGGGAACAACAUGGCCUGCCUCACCAUCAGUCUGGAGCGGGACCCCAGCUACCACUUCGCCACCACCCUCUCCCCCUGCAUCAUCCUGGUGGUGCUGAUGAUCAUCACCUUCAUGCUGCCUGUGGACAAGGGGGACCGGAUCUCGUUCGGCGUCACCGUGCUGCUGUCCAUGGUGGUGUCGCUAGUCGUCGUUACGGGCUUCCUGCCUGUCAAGGGGAUCAUCCCUUUCAUUGCUCUGUUGAUCAUCGUUGCCAUGGGAAUGAUGGCGCUCUUCAUGCUGGUCACCCUCUUCAUCGUCAUCCUCCACAACAAGAAGGGGACGCUGUCACCGUGCGCCAGGAGGUUCUUCCUGUGCUACAUGGCGAGAGUUCUUCUGAUGGGAGACCUGAGCAAGACGGACACAAGAGGAAGAACAUCUCUUAGUGAGCAGCGAAGGUCCUCCCUGCCCCGUAAAGGAAUGAGCCUCACCGACGACGAUAGUGAUGUGGCUGCCAUUGUUUUCGGACCCCCUAUGGCACAAUUACAAAUCGCCAUGAAAAACGAGCAUCGCCUUGUUGACUUACAAAACCGCAUGGACGAGCUCAGUGUCAAUGUCCUCACAGAAAUCAGCGACUAA